CGCUGUUGAGCACCCGCCGCCGCAGGGGUCCGCGCUGCGUCCUGAGCCAAUCACGCUCUACAGCGGAGAGGCGAUGGAUUCGGCAGGCGCCUCGAAGCCCGAGGAGGAGGUGGCCGCUUACCAGAGCAGCGAGGCCAAGCAGGCGAGGCUGCAGUCCAUGCUCGCGGCGCUCCUCGACGACCCCAUUCUGGCCGACGUCCCGAGGAAGCCCUCGCUGGCGGACAUGGACACGCUCAUCAACCUCGGGCUCGACAGCGCCAUGAGGGUGACCGUCAUCAAGCUGGACAACACCUCGUUCGAUGUCGCGGUGUUGAACACUGCUACACUCAAGGAUUUGAAGAUGGCUAUCAGGAAGUGAUAGUCAGAUUUAUUUGUCUGA